CUGCCUGCCAGCCGUCCUGUCCUUGGCCGGCAAAGGCAGAAGGAGGCCAGGCUCCAGGGAGAGGAGGACUCGGCCACGUUGCUUUUGCCUCAAUGGAAGGCCACGAGCAAGGGACGACAGAAGCACUGAGUGACGGGGAAAGCACGGCCUUCGUGGAGGAAAUGCCUCAAGGUGGUCGCCGGGAGGUGCCGGCCUCGUGCCUAGUCCAGGGAAUAGACCACCUGGUGAUGACGGUGAAGAGUAUUGAAGAAAGCGCGGCGUUCUAUUCCAAGGCGCUGGGCAUGCAAGUGGUGACCUUCAAGGGAAACCGGAAGGCUUUGCGCUUUGGGAAUCAGAAAUUUAACCUCCACGAAGUUGGGAAGGAGUUUGACCCCAAAGCCCAGAAUCCUGCGCCGGGAUCCGUAGAUGUGUGCCUGGUUACAGAGCGCCCUCUCCGUGACGUGGCGAAACACUUAAAGGCCUGCGACAUCCCCAUCGAAGAAGGUCCAGUGACUAGAACCGGUGCUCUGGGGCCAAUUGAAUCAGUGUACUUCCGAGACCCUGACGGGAAUCUGAUUGAGGUUUCCAAGUACCUCAUGGAACCUGUUGGCUAUGAGUCAUGAUCCUCUAGCAUUCCCCUUCGCAGAGUGUCUCCUUCCCUUCACCUCCCUCCUUCUUCUCCUCCCCCCAAUCGCUUAGUGAUUUGAUAGGUUGCCUCUUUGUGUACCAUAUCGGCAUUGGACACGUUGCCAUCUGUAGGGCAUGUUGGAUCCAUUACGUGGAUGGAUGCCAUUUGUGGCACUGCUUCUCCCCUGCCUGUGCACACCUGGGAGCCUUGAGUGGGAUGGUUCGAGAGCUGCCUCCCUACCCCUACAGAGAGGCAGUAUGGCACUGUCUUAAUUACCCAGCGAGGGAGUCGAAUGUCUGUACAAAAUCCUCCUCCACUUGAGCCACAGGCCCCUUUAACAAACCUAUUAACCCUGCCUAUAAACACAGGCCUCAUUCUGCACCCUGAGUCCAUCAUCUCUCUGAAAGGAGGUGGGCAACCUGCUUCACUGUGGACCAAUGCUCGGGAAUUAGGCUCUUCAGUCAGGAAGACUUAAGUCCAAGUCUGGCCUCACUUAUUAGCUGUGUGACUCUGGGCAAAUGAUU